AUGUCCGCCGAGGUGCUACAGAGCAUCGGCGGUGCUCCACCGCACUUCGAGCAGGCCGAGGCCGGGACGGGGAACCCGCUCACCGCGCUCACCCCAACCAUGCUCAUGCUCAAGCUCGUGUCCGCCUUUGCCCUGAUGGGCGCCACCCUGGCUCUCAACCUUGACGACGCUGACUUGCCCCGUCCCCUGUGCCUCAGCAACAACGUCGACAAGGGUCGCGCUCGAGCUCGAACUGCUGAUGCUGUCAUUUGCUACCACGGCAAGUACGAAGUCGAAAAUCAGUCUACCGAUACGUUCGGCAUUCUUAGCCAGACCCCCUGUGGCAACAGGGACAAAGUCAGUGUCGACUGCUUCUGGAUGAACGCCCCUGCGUUUUUCAAUGCGUACGACGAUGGCGGCUCUGACAACCUCGCCUUCAGCAUCGACACCAAUAAGUGCAACAUGGAUGUCUUCGUCGCCACGCCGGUGCCUCUUGACGCCUCCUCUGCCUCCACGACAUCCAAUAUCUCCAGAUUAGGCGCCACGCCGGCGGGAAAUACCGAAUUAGACGAUCUAAUCACAGCUCCCACAGGUCGCCACCCGAUUGAUGCACGCCAUGGGGGAGCGCAGCAGAUACGACAAAGGAAGCGUUGCACAGCCGGUGGGACCGCUUCGACGUCGCACGGGAAGGGAUUCCUGAGGAACGAGCAGCACUUGGUACAAAUACUGGACCACCUCCUUCCCCACAUCUUCAUGCUUUCCUCAUCCUCCACACCUUCGGCUUCCUUCUCCUACCCUCCAAUCAUGCUCGUGCUCAAGCUUACUACCGCCUUUGCCCUGAUGGGCGCGGCUUCUGCGGCCGCUGUUGUUCAGCACGGCCCGACUCGCGCGCAGUGCAUCAGCAGCAGCCUCGAUCAGGCUCGUGCUCGCGCUUCGCAAGCUGAUGCUGUCGUCUGCUACCACGGUGGCUAUGACCUUCUCAACCAGAACGCCAACACUUUCGGCCACCUUAGCUCAGUCAAGUGCGGCGAGGAGGAGGUGGACGUCGAAUGCUUUUGGAUGGAUGACCCGGCAAUCUUCAACGCUCAUGACGAUGGCGGACCUGAAAACAUCGCAUACAGCCUGGACACCAACAAAUGCACGUGGGACCACUUCUGGCGAUCCCUCAACUGCCAGGGCGGAAGCACUUAA